AUGUCGCAGCCUAAUAAUUACUACCGCCGCAAAACUCCAAUACAAAUCGACGACGACUUUGUAUUGAACACUUUUGCGACUCGGGAAGGACUUUUAGCACAAUACGAGGCAAUAUUGGCGUCACCAGAUGAUGCGCGGCAGUUUGUCGAGAAAUUGAUUGAUGAUAAAAUUAAGGCUGGUUAUGUGGGGUGGGCGGAAUGGUAA